GGUUGCUGUUCAGGUGAGGAGCAGAUCUGCUUCAUGGUCUCAGACCAACUUAUCUUCAUUUCAACUUACCCUCUUUACUUCUUGCUGUACUCUCUCACACAUAUCCCCUCUAUCUGGAGAAGAGGGGCUUUAUGUUCACUGUUCUCAAACUGGAAGCAUAGCCGCUGGGGGCAAAAGACACCACGCAAGAAACUUGAGCUAGACUGACAGUUCGCUGAGCGAGAGCUGCUGCACAUACCAGCAGAAGACGACCAGCUUACUGAAACUGGACUACCACAGAUUGUUUCAGCAGGCUGUUGAGGUUUGGGAUCAAAGACUGUCAUGGAUGUACUUGCCUUAGAGGCAAAGAAUGUAAAUGGAGCAGAAACUGAGAAGAAGUCUGCACCGAGGCCAAAACCAAAACAACCAAAAAAAGCUAAAAGGAUUGUUUACUUUGAAGUGGAGAUUGUGGACUUAAAGACUAGAGAGAAGCUUCUGCUACUGGACAAGGUGGAGCCAACUGCCACUGUUCUGGAUAUUAAAGCUUUAUUUCACAAAUCAUAUCCAAAGUGGUAUCAGGCCAGACAGUGCUUGCGUUUGGAUCCAAAGUCCAAGAGUCUAAGGGACGAAGAAAUUCUCCAAACACUUCCCGUUGGAACCACAGCCACUUUUCUCUUCAGUGAUCUUGGACCCCAGCUCACAUGGGGAACAGUGUUCCUAGCAGAGUGUGCUGGUCCACUGAUCCUUUACUUAAUGUUCUACUUCCGCCUUCCCUUCAUCUACUCUCCUAAAUAUGACUUCACCAGUAGCAAGAACUGGGUCGUACACUUGGCCUGCAUGUGUCACUCCUUCCACUACAUCAAGAGGAUUCUGGAGACGAUGUUUGUCCAUCGUAUCUCCCAUGGGACCAUGCCUCUCAGAAACAUAUUUAAGAACUGUGGCUAUUACUGGUGCUCUGCAGCUUGGAUGGCAUAUUACAUCAACCAUCCUCUCUACACCCCACCCUUUUAUGGGCAGCAGCAGGUGAAAAUAGGUCUUUACAUUUUCUUGUUCUGCCAAGUUGGGAACUUUUCAAUCCAUGUUGCGCUGCGUAACCUCAAACCACCAGGUUCGAAGGUCAAGAAGAUUCCUUACCCAACAAAAAAUCCAUUCACAUGGAUUUUUUGGCUGGUCUCUUGUCCAAACUACACAUAUGAACUGGGCUCCUGGAUCGGCUUCACAGUGAUGACCCAGUGUGUGCCUGUGGCUUUCUUCACCCUUGUGGCCUUCAUCCAGAUGACUGUGUGGGCCAAAGGCAAACAUCGCAGCUACUUAAAGGAGUUUAGAGAUUAUCCCACACUCCGCUCCUCCAUACUGCCCUUCAUCCUGUAGAGCUUAGAAGAGAAAGCAGCCGCUCCUACACGCAUCCAAUUCCUAACUGGCUGUUUUUUUUUUGUGUGUUUUUUUUUUAAUGAUUCUUCCAUCCAUCUGGGUGUCAGGGAGUGUGUGCUGACGUUUACAGUGUAACUUCAUCAUGGUCAAAAUGUAUUACUUUUAUCCAUAACAAUGAAUGUUAGGUGAAUAUAGGACUGUCAGAGCCAAAUGAAGACAGUGAAAUGCAGCAAAGUCUUACUUUAAUAUUGUAAUCUAAAGAGGAGAACAAUUAUGAAAUUAACCUUUAUUUUGCUACUUUUUUGAGUUAUAAAAAAAAAAAUCUAAUGUUUUUAUAGCUUUUGGUCACAUCAGCAGUAAGUUUUUUUUACAGAGCUAAGAAACCAUCUGCAUUAUCAAAUGAGUCUGCAGCCUGGAGCUGACAACACUGCGGCGGUGUCUUAACACCCAGGCAGUAUUACACCGAUCUGAUCCCAAAGUGACAUUUUCGCUAUUGUGGUGCUGUAAAAUGAAUGUGCUUUUCACAUAACUCUGCACUGGCUGAACUGGAAAUUAAAUAAAAAACUUUUUUUUUUUCAAUUAAACCAAAGAAAGAAAAAUCAUGCUCCAAGAUUUGUGAGGAAAACACUCACUGCUGAGCAAGUUUUUUAUUGGAAAUGAAAAGUUUGUUUACAAUAUUUAACCCAAUGGAGCACUGGAACAAUUGCUUUUUAGUGUAUGGCUGAUUCAAAGUUAAUAAACAAUCAUGAAACA